AUGUGGAGAGUGCCGUUGACACAGACACAGCAGGCAGACCUCAAUGCUGCAGUAGUAGAUUACGUAGCUUGGGUCGCCGAGGAGCAGCAGGCGGAUGGUUCUGCGGGGAGGAACAGUCUCGCUGAAACUGUAUCUGCGCUGCGCCAGCUGCUGGAGGUGCAUGCACCUCCAGCAACUGGUCCAUCGCAGAGCGCUGGAGGCUCACAGAGCCUGCUUCUGCCGAGAAAGUGGAAUUCAAUUGUGCAGUUGCAAAGGAAGAUCAUGGCCCUGGAGGAGCAGGUGGGCCAACUGAACAGUCAAUUGGAGGCAUUGCAAGCUGCCCAGGGCGAAGAGGAUCCGCAUGGGCCAGUAUCGGCCCCCGACUGGGUUCCCAGAGCAGUACCCUGGUCCACAAUAAGCACGCGGCACCCUGACACUUGCAUCAAGUUACACCCGCUUCUGCCGCUGUGUUUCAUGGGCGACGAGUACGGGAGGGUUCUCGUGUACGACUUCUUGACAGCAAAGGGGAACAACACACUCCCGCAUGCACAGCUGUCUUCGGCGCAUCUAAAGGGACUCACAUCACUGGAUUUGGUGCCCUGGGAGGGCACAGUGACCCUAGCGACCUCCUCUAAGGACCUCACAGCUCGAAUAUGGACAUGGGACCAAAAGGAAUCCACCUUGAACUUGCAGCAGACAUUGCUAGGCCACGAGCAUAUUGUGUCGCAAGUAGUGCUGAAACAGAAGACCGAGAACUCCACGACACUCUACGCAUUCACUUGUUCCAGAGACGCAACGGUACGGAUCUGGGAUACAGACACGGGCAUCUGUGUGAAAACACUGCCCCAUUUGCAUAGGGACUGGAUCCGAUGCUUGGACGUCAGGGGGGAGUACCUGCUGACUGGCUCACAGGAUACGUCUCUCCGACUGACGCACUGGCCCUCCGGGAACGCAAUAUCGAUGGGUUUGGGACACGAGUUCCCUAUAGAGACAGUCAAAUUCUUACCACCACUUUGUGACACCACGAUGCCCGUGACACAUUGCGUCUCUGCUGGGAGGGACGAUGUCAUCAAACUGUGGGAACUCCCCGUGCCCGUAUUGCUGCCACAUGCAGCGCCAACACCGCACCUCGACCCAGAUAAGAACUACUUCACUCUGGUGGCCGAUAUACGAGGCCACUCCUCAUGGGUCAAGGACUUACAAGUGGACGCCAUGGGACAGCGGUUAUAUUCAUGCAGUGACGACAAAUCGGUCAAAUGCUGGGAUAUCUCCGACUACAGGUCACCAACACUCGUCAAAUCAUGGGACAUCAUUCAUUCAGCAUUUGUCAACUGUAUUGCAAUCGAUUCGUACGGUUCCCUGCAGGAGGGACAACAGAGAAGAGAAGUGAUGCUUACCGCGGGACUCGAUUGUAAAUGUAAUAUAUUUUUGAAGUGA